AGGGAGGAGUGAGAGACAUCCAAUGCACCUGAGACAGCUGGAGCAAGCGAGAGAGCCAUAGAGGGGAUGUAGCAUUCUCCCCAUUAGGAGCCCCCCAUUCUACUGCAUGCAGUGCUGAAGGACAGCUCCUGGCCUGCACCCCAUUACACAACAAGCAGCAGGCUCCCUGUGUGGUGGGAGAUAGAGGGGAUUAUCCAUUCAAUCUGUAUGCCCUUGUGUUCCCAGCACUGCCUCCUGUUUGUGUAAAGCUGCUGGAUCUGCCUCUCCUCUCACCCCCCCAGCCUUGCUUGAAUCAAACCCCCUUCCCUCCUGAUGGAUCUUCUGUAAGUGGCCAAGAUACUAGAAAUUGCAAGGGAAAAUAAUGAAAAAGAGCUUUUUGGUCCCGGAAAUCAAACCAUUGGAUAUUUAUGAUGUGCAGCAGGCCAGGAUCACUGCCACACUCAGCUGGCUGAUCUAUAAAUGCUAUGGAACAGAGGUCCCUGAGGAGCUGUGCUCUCCCUGUUACACAGACCAGUAUGAACAAGAACACAUAAAGCCAGCCGUGAUCAGCCUCUUAUUGUCAUCAGAUGUGUACUGUAGAGCAUAUCGCAGGGCCCUUCCUCACGAGAGUAAUCCUCCUCGUGACAAUGCUGCACUACUUCUCUUGUUGACACGGAAGGGGUUGACACCAAUGAACCAGGGGGAGCCUGUGAAGACCAUUGACCUGAGGGAAAAACCCAUACGCAUGGCUGCCCACCAAGCUGUGAUUGAAGGUCUAAUGACGGUGUACUGUCUCCAUUGUGUCAAGCCCCUCCCUUCAGGAGCAGAGCCUGUUCUAGCUACCAUGGAGAUCAAGCUUCUUGCGUGGAUUGAUAAGGUAAAUCGGCAGCUCCUGGAAGAGGCUGAGAAGGAGCAGGGACGAAAACAGUUACCUGUCUCCGAUGGGCAGAACCAGGCUGGGUGCCCCUCCCGCUGGUACUGGAAACUAGUCCCCCAUGCCAUCGCUUUUUGUUUAAAGGAGUCUGGGAAUAAGCCUCCCGUGAUACGUUAUCGGAAGGAUAAAGCACUAUCUAGACAGACACCAUGCUUUACAGCAGUCUCUUCCCUGAGGGACCUAUCAAAUGGGAGUGCCCUGGCAGCUACCAUCCACUAUUACUGCCCCUCAGAACUCAGACUGCAAGAUGUCUGUUUGAAAGACACCAUGUCGGUAGCAGAUAGUCUCUAUAACUUGCAGCUUGUGAGGGAAUUCUAUACUCAGCAUCUACCCCCCUUCUGCCCUCUGUCCUUGGAAGAUCUUCUGUACGUGCCCACUGCCCUGCGGUUGAAUCUUAUAUCUCUGUUGGCUGAAUUGUAUUUGUGUUUCGAAGUGACCAAACCAGAGUUUGUCCAACCCAAAGACUUGAACACACCCAAUGACAGUUCCACUCCAACGAGCGCAAACAGUGGAGGGGGUUCUCCAGUCUUCAAUUUCCGACCUGGAACCACAGGACCCCUUUCCCAUUCCUCCUCAAUGUCCCACAUGGAAGGAUUUGGGAAGACCUGGGUGAAAAAUCCACUAAGCCACCCGCUUUCUCAAGCAGUGUCAUUCAGCAUUCCUUUUGGCUUGGAUAGUGAUGUAGACAUUGUGAUGGGAAAUCCUGUGAACAUGCUACGUUCUGUUAGUUCCGACAGCCUUACACCUCCUGCAUAUGCUCCACCCUCACCAAAAUGUAUGACCCGAGCUACCUAUACCACACCUGAGGAUCCAGCAGAAAGUCCAGUGCAGCCACGUACAUUCAAGAAAGUUCCUCUGACUGGGAAAGGGACUUCUGAUGUUCAGGCUCAGGAGAAAUCUGGGAGUGGCCCUGGAGUGCACUCAGACCUACCCACCAUCGAAGAGGCCCUGCAAAUCAUCCACAGCUCAGAGACUCGACUCCUUCCAGAAGGUGCUCCUGAUGGAUUUUUUCUUCACUCCCCGGAGGAGUCUAAACCCCUAAAAGUGGAGGAGGAAUCGGUAAUGCCAAAUCUUGGUGUUUACAGAACACAUGAUACUUCUAGAAGGCUCUCAAGAGAUGAUGAUUCUGUAUUGAGGGACAACAGCUUAGACUCUGAUGCUGAGGAAACAAGACCAACUCAAGAGUCUAGUCGAAGCUCUCUUAGCUCUCAAGCAGAUUCCUCUGCUGGUUCGGGUUCAAAAAUGACCAGUUUUGCAGAGAUUAAAAAGAAGCUGGAUGCCAAAACAACCUCAGAAGGUUCCCCAUCUUCAUUAUCAGUCAGCCCUUCAACCACCACUUGGGCCCAGAAGGCGGAGGAAUCUCCUGUAAAAAGCCCAGCCUUAAACUCUGAGAUGACCCAGCUGGGUGCCAGACUUGAAGAGAAGCGAAAAGCCAUUGAGGCGCAAAAGAAGAGAAUUGAAGCCAUCUUUGCAAAGCAUCGUCAGCAGCUUGGCAAGACUGCUUUCCUUCAACUGAAAAAAAAAGAUGGACUGGAGGAGGAUGAAGAGGAUGGUCUAGGGAAUGAGAGAAUGUCUCCUGAUGAAGGCCUCCCAAAAGAAAUAGAAGAAUUGGAGAGGGAGAAACCAAGUGGAGAAGAGGGUAAAACUGAGAAUAUGCAGGAAGGGCUGUUGAAAUCCCGAGGAGACAAGCAAGUCAGCUUUUCACCAGAAGUUACAAAGAGUGAACUGGAUAGCAAUUUGGUAGAUUAUAACCGUGCUGUAGCUAAGCUAAAUUCUGCACUGUCAUCUCUUCAAACAGACAUGAAAAAGCUGUCUGAUCAGCAGGACAAACUUAUGAAAAAGGAAAGCAAAGCUUGGGUCAUACCAGCUCCAAAACCGUCUCCUCAACAUCGACCAAAGUCAUCACCUCCCACAAGACUAACAAGGGAAAUACAAGCACCCCGGUCAUCUUCUGCAUCUCCUUCUCAGUCACCUUCUCGCUUGGCUCCAAAGUCUCCUCAGCCCAAUAUUCGAAGAUCUCUCCAAAUAUUGCCGGUCCCUCCUAAGAGUCCUAAGCAUAAUAGACCUGUUGAGCUUAAGAUCCCACCUCUUAAUAGAGUCCUUACCCCUCCACACAAUGUGGAUACUAUACCUCACCUACGCAAAUUCUCCCCAAGCAAAGUGCCAGUGCAAACAAGGUCUUCUAUAUACUUCUCUGAUCAAGAGAAAAAUGAGAUCGAAGAUGCAGACUCAUUUACACAUUUUGAAGGCAAUGGGAAUGUUCGUCCCAUUGCCUCAGUGGUUCCACAGAGCAGUGGUGUAGGAGCCCUAACUGGGGAGGAUGAAGAGGAAAAGAGAAGUAGCUUAAUUGAAAUCCCACUUUCUAACCUAAGGGUUACAGAGGACUCUGAGGUGGAAGGAAUUGAUUCCUUAGAACAAAGCCCAGGAGACGAAGGCUCUUUACAGAGAGGCAUUGGAUUUUUCUUUAAGGGAGAGGCGAGGACAGAGGGAGAAAUGGCACAGAGGCGGGCUGCCCUUUUGGAGAAGCAACAAAAGAGGGCCGAAGAAGCAAAGAAGAAGAAACAAUCACAAGAUGAAGAAAAAGAGAAGAACGAGCAGGCCAGCCUUCAACCUGAGAAACCACCACCCAAAGAAGAGGUUGUAACACGUAGAGGAGAUUUCACAAGAAAAGAGUAUGAGCGCCGACAUCAGCUGAAAAUCAUGGAAGACCUGGACAAGGUCCUGAAACAGAGACCCAUGACCGUACGGGGAGUUAAAAAACCACGCCCUAAGACAGUCUUCCAUGAUGAUUCUGUAAUUUCCCGGAGUCCAGUCAGGGGAUUACUGGGUUCCAAGCUAAGUAAAGUUUACUCUCAAUCUACGAUGUCCCUAUCCACAGUGGGGAAUGAAAACGGUAGUGGAACAAUGAGGAGGUCACCACGGUCUCCCAGAGCGGUCUCUCCAUCUGGUCUGAUGUCUCCCAACCGUGGUCUGUUUACCCAAAAUGGGGAUAAAGAUUGGGACACAGGGUCUACAGCAUCCUCCCCAGCAUCAAUCCCAGAAUACACUGGUCCCCGACUGUAUAAAGAGCCAAGUGCUAAAUCAAACAAAUUUAUUAUACACAAUGCUCUAUCUCACUGCUGCCUUGCUGGCAAAGUGAAUGAAACCCAGAAGAACAAAGUGCUAGAGGACAUUGAGAAGAGUGCAUCCAACCACUUCUUGAUUUUGUUCCGGGACAGUAGUUGUCAGUUCAGAGCAGUUUACACCUUCAUGCCUGAGACGGAAGAACUGACCAGGCUGGCAGGCUAUGGCCCUCGUACUAUUAGUCUAGCCAUGGUUGAAGAGAUCUACAAGUAUAGCUCAGACCGAAAGAGAUUUACCCAGAUACCCAGCAAGACCAUGUCUAUGAGUGUUGAUGCCUUCACCAUUCAGGGUCAUCUCUGGCAGAGCAAAAGGCCUACUACUCCGAAGAAAGCUGGCACCCCCAAAUAAAUAUUCCUUCUUAUUGUGUACGGACAGAUGCCUGAAUUAUGUGGUCCAAGAUGUGACCAUGUUUCAGUUGGAAGUCAUUUAGCUAUCUUCUGUUCUGUCUUAGCCCAUGUGCUGUCCAUUUUUUUUUCUUUUAGGUCAGACGGGUGGCUUUUUUUUUUUUUUUUUGCUUCCAGUGCAAUCCUAUUAACAUUUUAUCACCGCAGCUGAGAUCAAAUGAAUUUUCUAUUUAAUCACGUGGCCUUGGUUUCAUCAAAGCAUGAACCAAGCUGGUGCCUACUCAACAGCCUAGCCUUUUACCGUUUUGCUGUUUUUUGUGACUCACACACAACUCUUAUUACCUUUUUGAUUGGUCCUGAGUAAUGUGUGUUAAACUGUACCCAUGACUUAUACUAAGACGGUGCCACUUUUUUUUGCUUGGGGAGAAUUGGCUAUUCUUUGUUUUAUAACCCACUGCCCUUCAUGUGUGCCAAUAUAGUAACCACUGCCCUUUUAAUUUUAAGGCAAAGCUGGUGCCUUAACUUCACACCACUUGCUAACACCUUUUUUAGCCAUUUACAGCACUUCUUGGCAAUGUCUGAAAAAAGGUGCCUUCUAUAAUUUCUGUUUUUCGAUCAUGCUGCCAUGCUUUGCUGUUUGUAUUGCUCACAUUUAUCUUGUGUUCUGAUCCUAUUGACUCCCUCCCCUCCCAAGUACUCAACAUAUCUGUUAAAGGCCAUACAGGUUUAUGGCAUAAAUGAAAAGUAUUUCCCCAACUUUACUCUGCACACUGCCUUUUGGUAACCUGUGUAUGUGUGAUCCAUUGCCGCACUAUGCUCAUUCUGCACAGAUCACCAUCCAUAAACUGCCCUGUGACAAAUUUCAACAAAGUAUCCCGUCCAUUCCCCUAGACAUGCUUUAAAAGUCAUUUUUGGUAGUGCUUCAGUCACAACAGAAGACGAAUAGUGAAGCCACUGCUGGUUAUUACCACCCUCUUCAUUGUAAAGCAUUAUUGCAUGUGUUGUUUUUUUUUUUUUUUUUUUUGUAAGUUGCAACAUGUGCUCAGUGCUGGUCCUAUCCUUGUUUAGACAAAGAGUAAAUAAUGCUUCCGAAGGUGGCUGAACCAGGUUUUGCUUUUCCUACUCAUUCUGUUUCCUUUUGAAAUAAGGAAUGCUUGGUCCCUUGCUUGUGUAAAUAGCAAAGGCCACAAGAUUGGCUUAGAGGGCUAUUUAUAUGUGGAUGCUACAUACGCCAGGACAGUAGGCAGGUCUCCAACCCUGCACCUAUUGUGAGGCUGGGUCUCCCAUAUUUCUCUGCAAGCAUUUUGGGGCUAGAAGCCCAAAGGCACCUGGAUGCUUGCCGUUCGUGAUCUAGGAGCAAGAUAGUUUU